UAGCCGUGGAUUUGAAGAUUAGGGUUUAAGACUUGAGGCAAAAGUUGGAAAAUUUAAUCGUGCACAGAGUUUGAGAAAAACUCUGAAUUGUCAAGUUGUCGUAAGAGCGGCAAUAGGGUUCCGCUGUACCAAAUUACAAUUCAUGUAUAAUAUUCAACAUAUUUAAGGGUUGGUUACCACUUACUGGUUGGUUAUUUACUUAUUUAUGUAACUGCUGCUGCUCGUUCAAGUUCUGAAACUCUCACGAAGUCUUGGGAACAAAAGAAGUGGAAGGUUUGAAUUUUUGGUCGGGAUUUUGGGCUUCGCUCGAGUGGAAGAAGGAAGAAAUCCGGAAUCUGUUUUUUGCAUGAUAAAGCCGAAAUAAUGGCGACAGAUCUUAGUGAAUUCACCAUCAUCAAGGAGGGAGAGGCUGAGAUUCUCAUGCACGCGAAGAAUGAAGUCUUUUUCAAUAAGACCCAGGUUAACAACAGAGACAUAUCCAUUGCUGUCCUUAGGGCAUUUAUAUCAAAACGCAAACAGGAGCACGAAGCAAAACUAUCAAGAAGAACAAAAGCCGGGCAAAAGAUUUCUGAAAAUAAUGUUUCUGGACCUGUUGUGGAAGAAACACCUAAUGAAUCUGCCACAAAUGAUGAAAAGUCAAAUACAGAUCGUGAUGCUCAUGAAGAAACACCGGAUGAAUGUGGAGUUCCAAAGUUGUCAGAAGAACAAAAAGAGAUCAUCGAGGAAAAAGAACAAAGAGAUCCCAAGCCUCUUAGAGUUCUCGAGGCCUUGUCGGCUUCAGGGCUAAGAGCCUUAAGAUAUGCUCGUGAAGUAGAGGGCGUUGGUCAAGUUGUGGCGCUAGACAAUGAUAAAGCAUCAGUGGAAGCUUGUCGAAGAAACAUCAAGUUUAAUGGUUCAGUAGCAUGUGCGAAGGUGGAAUCACAUCUUACUGAUGCUCGUGUUUAUAUGCUCACUCACCCAAAAGAAUUUGAUAUGGUUGAUCUGGAUCCUUAUGGUUCACCUUCUGUUUUCUUGGACUCUGCUGUUCAAUCAGUUGUCGAUGGUGGUAUGCUGAUGUGCACAGCAACUGAUAUGGCGGUGCUUUGUGGGGGAAAUGGAGAAGUUUGCUAUUCAAAAUAUGGUUCCUAUCCUUUGAGAGGGAAAUAUUGCCACGAAAUGGCUUUAAGAAUCCUCCUUGCCUGCAUUGAGAGCCAUGCAAAUAGAUACAAGCGGUACAUUGUUCCUGUGCUAUCUGUUCAGAUGGAUUUCUACGUUCGUGUUUUUGUUCGUAUUUACACUUCUGCAAGUGCAAUGAAAAAUACUCCCCUUAAGCUCUCAUAUGUUUAUCAGUGCACUGGUUGUGAUUCUUUCCAUCUCCAGCAGAUUGGGAGAAGCGUCUCGAAGAACAACAGCAUCAGGUAUUUACCUGGUUUUGGUCCUUCUGUUCCUCAAGAGUGCAGUGAUUGUGGGAAGAAAUUCAACAUGGGUGGGCCUAUCUGGUCUGCUCCUAUCCAUGAUCAAGAAUGGGUUACUUCCAUGCUAGCAGACGUGAAGUCUAUGAAGGACACAUAUCCUGCAUAUGAUCGUAUAUCUGCUGUAUUGACAACAAUUUCAGAGGAAUUGAUGGAUGUUCCCUUAUUUUUGAGUCUCCACAACCUCUGUGCAACAUUGAAGUGCACAUCUCCAUCAGCUGUAAACUUCCGUUCUGCAGUGAUUAAUGCAGGAUAUCGCAUAUCGGGCACUCAUGUGAAUCCUUUAGGACUGAAAUCAGAUGCUCCCAUGGAUGUAAUUUGGGAUAUUAUGCGUUGCUGGGUCAAAAACCACCCGGUGAAACCUCAACCAGAAGAUCAGCCAGGAAGUGUCAUUCUUGCUAAGGAACCGGUGCUUCAAGCUAAUUUUGCUAGAGCUGUGGCAUCUCUUAGCAAGGCUCAAGCAAAGAAAGUUGCACGUUUCCUUCCAAAUCCUGAAAGACAUUGGGGCCCCAAGCUGAGAGCAGGUCGUCAAAUCGCUAGUAAGCACAUCUCUCUACUGGGCGCAGAGGCAGUAAACGGAGCUCUUAGCCAUACAGAUUCUGAAGAGCCUAAUGCAAAACGCCCCAAUGUAGAAGAAGUUGCUCUUAGCCAUACGGAUUCUGAAGAGCCUAACACAAAACGUCCGAAGUUAGUAGAAGAACCAGCUACCGAUCAGUAAAAGGUUAUCUUUCUCAUAUUUUCUAGCUUGUUACUAUGUUAUGCAACAUCUACUUCUUGACCCGACGCAUGAAAUGCUUGUUUGGGGACACUCCUGUAGAAGUAGCAAAUUUUUGUUUAAUGUUGAGGAUGGCUUGGCUUUCUUUCAAAAUAUAUCAUUUUUGUUAAUCCCUAAGAUGGUUUAGAUUUCUGUCGAGACAGAGAAAGCAUAAUUUUUUGUGAAUCCAAAUUAAAUAUAAUUUAAGCUUAUUGGCAUA